AUGGCGGCAUCAAUGGACCUUGAAGUUAAACAAAUGGAUGUGAAGACCAUAUUUCUUCACGACAACCUUGAAGAAGGAAAUAAAUCAACCAAUUGCAAUGUUAGCAAUUCCCCAAGAAAAAAUAAUUCAGAAACAACAAGAUCUUUUCCCAAGUUAAAAGAAAUUGGUAGAUCUUCUCCGAGCUUAAGCGAGGAGCUAAAAGCUUAUUCCCAUAUUCGGAAGUUCUUCAAUGAGCUCAUUUUGGGAAAAAGCUAUUUUAAAUCUCAGAAUUUACUUGGUGAGUGUGGAUUUGGAUGGGUUUACAAAGGUUGGAUCAGUGAGAAUGAGAACUCUUCAGCAAGACCUGGAAUGGGGCUUUCAGUUGCUUUGAAGACUCAUAACCAGAAUGGACUUCAGGGCCAUAGGGAAUGGCUGGCUGAAGUUAACUUUCUUAGGCAACUCCGUCAUCCAAAUCUAGUUAAAUUGAUUGGUUUUUGCAUUGAAGAUGAUAAAAGGCUACUAGUAUACGAGUUCAUGCUUCGAGGAAGCUUGGAGAAUCAUCAGUUUAAGAGAUAUGUGUCCCUUCAAUGGUCAAUCAAAAUGAGAAUUGUGCUUGCUGCUACAAAGGACCUUGCAUUUCUACACGAGAAAGCUGAAAGACCAAUGAUAUUUCGAGACUGCCAAACAUUUAAUAUUCUAUUGGAUUUGGAAUACAAUUCAAAAUUUUCCUAUUUUGGGCUUGCUAAAGAUGCUCAAGAGAGAGACUUAACUCAAGUUACAACUCAAAUGAUGGGAACAGAUGGCUAUGCAACCGUUGAUUAUGUUAUGACGGGUUAG